AUGAAACAUUUCUUGCUUAUUAUACCAAUUCUAUUGAUGGCAACUAUGAGUUUCUGUGCCAAAAUGCAUCUGGAGCAUGAAUGGAAAUAUUAUGAGCUUCUUUGGGAAAGUCCGCAGCACAAAGAGGAAGCGAUAAAGUCCGGCAAAUACAACGUUAGCGCAGCCUUUUUUUACGAUGUAGAUAAAGCAGAUGACGGUAGAAUAUUUAUUACUGCGGUGAGAGACGAGGGUGUACCGGUUGGUUUAUUGACAGUAACCGAGAAACGAGGAGAGAGUGGUCCACUUUUGCGUCCCUAUCCCGAUUGGUCUUGGUAUAAAGAUGAUUGCAAGGGUAUUACAGGUGGCGUUUACAAUAUAGAAAUUAAAUGCAAUCAUCUGUUCCUUGUGGAUGAUGGUAGAAUUGGAUUUGAGCGAGUAUGUACACCGCGACUAAUGAUCUUCGAUUUAUCAACUAACAAAUUGGUUAAACGUGUUAUUAUCCCAUUUGAAAUUGCGUAUAACAAAACUACCUAUGGAUUGUUAUCUUCAGUUGCCGUUUUGGCUUCACAUUGCCAAAAUAUAAAGGAUGAAGCAGUUGUAUUCAUGGCAGACGUGGAAGGUGCUGGUUUAAUAGUAUAUAACGGACGUACUUCUAAGAUGUGUAGAGUCGAAUCUGAUCUUAUGAAAAUGCCGCCUGACCCUACUUUCGAACUAACAAACGAGACUUAUCUUUUGGCGGACACUAUCCAUGGUUUGGCAAUUAUUGAUACAGAUUUAUAUUAUGCUCGUUUGUCUGGAAACGCAAUACACAAGGUAGAUUUUCAGAAGCUAAUAGAAUGCUCACCACAAGACAUUAAUCAAGCUAAUAAAGAAACUCAAUCGCAACUAAUAAAAGGUCCGACAACAAUGUUAGCGUCUGACAGAUGUGCGCUAUUUUUUACGGAUAUAACAAAGACAUCUAUUAUGUGUAUAGACGCUAAGAAAUUUAACACCAUAAAGGAGGAAGUUAUUGUAUAUGAUCCAAAAUUGGAAUUUGCAAGUGGGCUGAAGGUCAGACAUGGUGAAUUAUUGGUUUUAACAAACCGAUAUCAUAUACAUUUAGUUGAUAAAUUAAAUUUAAACGAAAUAAACUUCCGUUUUCUUUCAAUACCUAUUACGGAGAUACAAAAGAACACAAAUUGCUAUUCUUCUUGCAAGAAUUAAGUUAUGUAGCAGGAAAUUCUACACAUCUGUAGAACCUUUUAAAUAUAUUUCAAAUCUACUUUAGAAUAAUUAUAAUUUGAGAAUAAAUUUUCUUAAAAUUUCUGUAAACACAGUACGUGAUAUAAUUAUUAAGAUAAAUAUAAAUAAAUAUGUUAUAAACAUUGAAUGUUUUAUAAUAAUCAAAUAAAAUAAUUAAGCACAGAAUCUAACAGUUGAGCUGCAAGAACGAAUCUUGUAAAGAUAAUAUCCACCCAAUUCGGCUUAAUAUUAUAUUAAUUUUGUUACUAAUAUAACAAUCAUAAUCCUAUAACAUUUGAACUUUCACUAAUAUUUUAAUAUAAAGAAUUAAAAAUAAGGAAAUUUAAAUAAAAGAAGAAAUAGUUAAAUAUGAAUUUAUGUAGUUAUAAAUCUCAUUAUGUAAAACAUUUUUUCUUCGCAUUAUCAUCAAAAUACGAUAGAGAUGGUAGUAUUAACAUCUACGAAAAAGGAGUUUACUACGAAAUCUCUAUAGAUAUCCUCGUCUUUUGAAAUAGAUAUAGAUAUUUACCUGUCCGUCUGCGUACGAUUUAUUUAUGCUGAUUGUUUCAUGCUCGACGGCACUGUCUCGAGCACGAUUUUAUUUAGCAACGAUUUUACUCUUAAUGUUGAGCUUAAAGUAUCUACAUCGACAAAUAAAAAUUACGAGCGUUUUCGCGCUUAAUUUAUCUUAGCGUAUAUUCGCAACAAAACAAUAAAAGUUCAGACUUGUAUAUAUAUAUCUCAUAGUCUGUUCGAAAAUGGAUUUGGUUACU